AUGAUAGAAGAAUGGCAAAAAGAGUAUCCAUGCGUCAUGCGGAAAGUAGAAGACUUGAAUACAGAAAAAAGAAAACGCCACAGCGUAUUACCCGAACUCAAGCCAACGAUUCGCCCCACACUAGAGAAUAAAUUCAAGAAAAAUACAGUUUUAAAUGUAAACCAGAAUCCAUGUUUUUCCAUACCUGCCGAACCCAUCGCCGACGUGUACGUGGAUGCAGCCUACAGCUAUUCUGGAGAAGAAGAACAUAAGGCCGGAAUCGGAGUAUGUUUCGAGCCAAAUCACCCUUUAAAUGUGUCACAGCCUGCCCGGGGAAGGCAAAUAAACAAUUUCGCAGAAAUUCAAGCAGCCACAAUUGCCUGCAUAAAGGCACACGCGGCUGGAAUAAAUAGACUACGAAUAAACACCGAUUCCAAAUACUUAAUCGACAGUGCAACCCAAUGGAUACCACAGUGGGAAGAAAAUGAUUGGAAAUGA